AUGGCCGGUCGCGAACUGAAGGGGCUGUUGAACAGUGGCGAUCAGGGCGCUACUUCCACUGCUUCGAUCUCGAUCGCAGGCGCCACUGUGGAGCUCCCCCCCGAGCAGAGGAAGUGCUUCGCCGAUGAUAAGCAUCCCUUCACCGCGACCUCCUUCGACUUUCUCACAUGCGUGGUUGUUCGGAAGUGCGUGUCUCAGUCGCUGCAGGAGGCGGUAAAGGUGGUGCCCUCCAAUGUUGUCGCGGACAUCAUCGCGGGUGGUGAGGCCGCGCCCGUGGAGUUUGACGGUGUCCGGUGCCUCCGGUCGGGGCAGCUGGGAGAUCCGACGCGCCUCGUGGACCUGUGGGGGGGAGGGGAUCUGCAGCACCAGCCCCCCCGCCCCCCUUUCUCCUCCAUUCCCCUGCUGUGGGUGCAGCAGUGGGGGGAGGGGAUCUGCAGCACCAGCCCCCCCCCGCCCCCCCCCUUCUCCUCCAUCUCCCUGCUGCGGGUGCAGCAGUGGGGGGGAGGGGAUCUGCAGCUCCAACCCCCCUCUGCCCCCCCCCCUUUCUCCUCCAUCCCCCUGCUGCGGAGUUCUCAACGACUCGACGCGGUUGUUGGACACGACCCUGCGCCGCGCAUCGCCAAGCCAAUUGCCAGGACAUUGACCACAUUGCGGCAGGAUGCGAAACGCGCUGCGGAGGAGCUCGCGUUCAAGUCUAGGUGCGGGAUUGCGGACGGUCACGGGGGUGAUGCUCAUGGCGAUGAACGUCUGAGGUCGCAAGAACAGCCCGCGGGAUCACAUUUUUCAGGUCGCGACACACUUGCUCUCACUACUGCUUUGGCGCUCGCGAACGCGGGGGAGGGGGACGAAUUGUCCGCGGAACAGGCGAAGCCGGACAACAAGGAGGAGGGCUCGAGCUCUGACCGCGGCGAGGAUGCCCCUGUGAAUGCGCCUCGGGGUGGAUGUGACAAGAGUCCAUCGGAGGAGGCAGAUGGCCAGGGUCGAGGGCAGGCCGAAGGGGAUGCCGCGGAGCGUGAUGAUGUCGCGAUGGAUAACCGGGGCAGUGAUUUGGAGCUGCAGGGUUCGGAAGAAAUGGAGGAGGAAGAGGACGACGACGAAGAGGAAGAGGUGGAGGAAAUCGCGGCAAACACUGCGGGGCGGGCGGCGGUCGCGGUCGCGGGCGCUGGGAAGAGUAUUCGCAAUCUCCAUGCUGCGUUGUUCCCCCGUCCGAGAAGCGCAACCCCAUCGGGCGAGUUUGCGGGCAAGAGCCCGGUCGCGGGAAAGCGGAAACACUCGGAGCUGGCAAAGUUGCAACCUGGUAAGCUGGCCGAGGAAAUCCUCCGCUUGGACAAGGUGGUGAAGAAUCAGAAGGGCCGAAUUACCAAGCUGGAGGAAGUCGUGGAAGCCAAGGCAGCCGCGAAGGACAGGGCGGAGAAUCGCGACAUGCGGGAGGUGCUGACACGCGCUGCUGCUCGCUUGGAGGAUUACGCGGCUAACCUGAAGGGGGUGGUUGUGGACUCCAUGGAAAACGCACAGAAAAAGUUGACGGACGAGGUCGCCCGGAAGAUCGACGGCGCGUCAUCCAACAUUGCGGCCACCUCCGAACGCGCGAUCACAACAAGCGGCGUCACCAACGCUCUCAACACAGUCAUUGCCAUGCUUUCCGGUCGUGCGGCUACGCCGCCGGGCACAGACGCACCGCAGGGGCAGGGGUCAGACGGUGUCGCGGAGAAAGAGGGAGGGAAGAGGGUCGUGGAAAAAGAAACGGGGAAAAAGGUCGCGGACAAGGAGACCGUGAAGAAGGCCGCCGACAAGGAGACAGGGCUGUUCCCGAGGGGAACCACCAGGGGGGAUGCUGAUGCGGGACCACCGCCCGGACCCUCGGCCGUGGAAGUUGGUAAGGGCAAGGCUAAGGUCGAGGACGCCCCGCCGGCAACCACCACCACCAACACCACCGUGCUCGUGCUCGCGGCGGGCAACACCACCGCGGUCGCGCCUGGGCAGCCUGGACCCAGCUCCAUUGCCCCUGCAAUCCCCCCCUCUGUAGAUGUCAAAGCGAAGACUCAGGGCCGCGGUGGUUGUAAGCCGCCUCCAGCCACGUUGAAAGUGGACGACAAUGACUCGGACGCGGACGAUGAGGUUGAGCUGGUGCUUCAAAGGUUCGUGGGGCCGAGCGACACCAGCGGCACUAGUGGCAAGCGCAAGGGCUGUGGUAUCCGCCCUCCGCCCAGGGGUGGAGAGGGGAUGGUGGGCGAACCAUGGCUGGGGGGGAGACGUUGCUGGCUGGGACAUCACUCCCACCAAGAGGUGGAGUACCUGACCGCGAUCGCGGUCAUGUGUUAUGACAAGAAGAUAGACCCCGGGCUCAAGCUGACUGCGCAGCAGAAAAGCGAGUGUGCCGAAGACAUCUCCGCGGCCGGGACGAUGUGCACCGGGCUAUUCGCCACCAUGCACCUCCAUAACCUGUACCACCACAUGUUCAAAGCCUACCACGACCUCACCCGCCCCAAAUCCACCCUCGGCAACGCGGACGCUUGGGCAGCUGCGGUGGGGAAGGAGGCGGCAGAUGAGGAGCCCGAUGUCACCGGCGCCCAGGAGGGCCUGUUUGCAGGUGCGGUAGCGUGCGCGAUCGCGAUGAUGUGGGAGACCUGCAACGGUCUCGAUCUCGAUGGAAACGUGGAUGCUGGAUAUGUGGCGGCGCUGUCUGCAGGCACCCCAGAAGAUAUCGCCCGCGGUUACCCCUCCAUCGUGACCGUGGUCUUGAAAAGGGCCAGGAAGGAGAGUACCCGCACGAACACCACCGAGGUCACGGAGAAGAUAGAGUCUGCGGUCGUGAACCGCCUUGGAGCGCGACUUGGGGACCCCACACUGGUUGCUAUGGUCGCGCACGAGGCGGUGGACGUGCUGAUGACCUGGAGCGACUGCAAGAUCGCGGCCAAGUUGAUGGAGGCCAACGGGAUCUAUCUCGCACUGCCUGAGAAGCGUCUGUCCGCGAAGAAGAGGUCCGCGUGA